GCCCCCUCGCAUGUUCAACACAGCACAAUGUACUGGUGCACAUUAUUAAGGAAUUAUUUUUUUCAUCCUCCUAUUGAUUCUCCACUUUAAGCAUCUUUCAUCUCCACCCUUUGACAGUAUGUUGAGCUGCAACAGACCUUGCUCGUCAUCUUGUCUACUCGUAAGAGCACAUUUUGCUGAUGCGGUAAUGUCUGGAAAUGGCAGGGGUUCGCUUAUUGCCCCUUAAUGUAUCUCCCCCCUGAGUUGCAGCAUUAGAGUUCCUCGUGCAGUGGGCUGUAAGCUAUUCUAGCCGCACUUGCCGCUGCACUAUACCAGACUGGACGUUGCGGCUUCAGCAUUCUUUUACAUUGCAGCGUCCAGCCUUCGUCAAUAUGACUUUUUUGCUUAUUGCGGGAUGCAAAGAGUUUGAUUUUAAGUAUUUUGAAAUUUAAUUUAUUUUAGUUUCUGAAAAAUAACUCGUGGAAGGACACGAACAUGCCAUGAACUUCAACCAGGAUUACAGGCACUCAGAGAAGCACGACUCCGAAGAGAUGUAAAGUGUCCAUGUACCCUAUAGAUAUCCAUACACAGGAGAAAGGGAGCAUCAGCGUUGGAUGAGUGCACCAACGGACGCAUUCCAGCAGUAUCCCUAAAGAUCAAGCGGAGUGUUCCUCCCACGCCGACCUGCAGGAUGACCGUAGUGCCCGGAGAUAACAUGGAUGAGACCUCAGCUGUGCCCGGCCACCCUCAGGACACCUAUCCCCCGGACCACGAUGACCACGAAUGCUGUGAGAGGGUGGUCAUCAACAUAGCGGGUCUGCGCUUCGAGACCCAACUUAAAACUCUCUCACAGUUCCCUGAGACGCUGUUAGGUAAUCCCAAGAAGAGGAUGCGCUACUUUGAUCCCCUGAGAAAUGAGUACUUCUUCGACAGGAACCGUCCUAGUUUCGACGCAAUACUCUACUACUAUCAGUCCGGAGGCAGGCUGCGGAGGCCGGUGAACGUACCCUUGGAUAUGUUCUCAGAGGAAAUUAAGUUUUACGAACUGGGGGUCGACGCUAUGGAGAGAUUUCGCGAGGAUGAAGGCUUUAUACGGGAGGAGGAGCGCCCUUUGCCAGAAAAGGAGUUUCAGCGACAGAUCUGGCUACUUUUUGAGCACCCCGAGAGUUCAGGGCCGGCCAGGGGGAUUGCUAUUGUGUCUGUGAUGGUCAUUUUGAUCUCCAUUGUCAUAUUUUGUUUGGAGACUUUACCUGAACUGAAAGAAGACCCAAGGGGUCGCAUGGAAACUGUGGGCAACACCACUUUCUAUUACAAACCAAACAUCUUGACCGACCCGUUCUUCAUUGUGGAGACGUUGUGCAUCAUAUGGUUCUCGUUUGAACUGAUAGUGCGCUUCUUUGCCUGUCCGAGCAAGGCGGCUUUCUUCAAGAAUAUGAUGAACACUAUCGAUAUAGUGGCCAUCAUUCCAUACUUCAUAACACUGGGCACAGAGCUGGCCGAUGAUCCUGAAAAUCACGACGGAAAGGGUGAACAGGCGACAUCAUUGGCCAUACUCAGGGUGAUACGUCUGGUGAGAGUGUUUAGGAUCUUCAAGCUGUCAAGGCAUUCAAAAGGGCUGCAGAUAUUGGGACAAACCCUUAAGGCCAGUAUGAGGGAGCUCGGAUUGCUCAUCUUUUUCUUGUUCAUCGGAGUCAUCCUGUUCUCCAGCGCAGUGUACUUUGCAGAGGCCGAAGAAGCGGAAUCGCACUUCUCAAGCAUACCGGACGCUUUCUGGUGGGCCGUGGUUUCCAUGACCACAGUCGGCUAUGGGGACAUGGUUCCAGUGACCAUAGGUGGCAAGAUCGUCGGUUCCCUAUGCGCCAUUGCAGGUGUGCUGACAAUUGCGCUUCCGGUACCUGUCAUCGUAUCCAACUUCAACUACUUCUAUCACAGGGAGACAGAGGGAGAGGAGCAGGCUCAACUCCUCAAUGUUAGCAAUCCAAACAUUGCUUCAGACACCUCCAGUCGCCGUAGCUCCUCGACUGUAAGCAAAUCAGAAUACAUGGAAAUUGACGGUGACAUAAACAACAGUAUCGACAAUUUUAGGGAAGCCAACCUGAGAACUGGCAACUGCACAAUCACUAAUCAAAACUGUGUGAACAACACCAAGCUCCUGUCCGAUGUUUAGAAGAAAGCAGGGACUUAAGAAACUGGUGAUCAUACUAAUCACACGAAUGCUUCAUUUACCUCCGUAGAGAGCCCUUUCAAUGCGACUACUAUAGCCUACUCCGCAAAAGAAAGAAAAGAAAAAAAAAACACAAUGAAAAGAAUCAAGCCGUUAGAUAUUCGAAAGUUAGUAGCUGUUAUUAAUUUUCAAAAAAAAAAUACUUCCAGUACAUCAAAAGAACUCCCAGCUAACACACAUAAACGCGCACCAACAGGCAAAAAGUCUGGCACUUACGAGGACCCUUGGUGGUUGUUCUAACCGGCAUCCGCGAAGGGUUGUUUUAAAAUGAUAUGCAUGGAAUACAGAUACCAUUUCAGUAACUUGCACAGUGCAUCCUGGAGAAAAUGCAUCCAAACUACCCUGCCCUGCAGAGGAAGAGGCGCAACGCUCGGCAGGGUCUGAUUGACGACUUCCUGAUAGGUGGUCUCCUUCCAGUAAAGGAUAUACCGACCAGCAAAGCACCUUAUACAGACGUGACUGAAUACCUGCUGGGAUGCUACAGAGGACCAAGUCCUCGACCCAUGAACAUCCGCAAUGCUGCUAUUUUUCAGCAGAUGCUGUAUUAAAAGAUCACCAAGUGAUUCAAUGCCAUGCCCUUUAGAUGCAAGACAGCACAAUGACAAAAGGAGCUUCAUAUUAGCAUGUUCAGAUUCUUAUCAUUUUGAUAAUGGCAUGCUUGGGACAUUAUCUCAUUUAAGAGCUUUUUUUUCUUUUUGGACCUUUCUUCCAUCUUCCCUACCAUCUACUUCCAUGGAAAGUGCACUGGAUCGUUAUGAUUUGAAAUGCUUAUCAUUUAUGAGUAUUUAAGGACUGAAUGUUAAACCUUAAGGGAACAGUAACUCAAUGAGAUCAUAGCAUGUUAGAAAAUAACCUGCAUUAUGGCCUACUCAACUAAGGUACUAUGUAUCCUAGUAUAUUUAAUGCAUGACAUCAAUAUUAUACAGCUUGUUGCAAUUUAGGCACCUCUUAUAGGUGCCCAUGUUACUGUCAGGGAAAAAGGGACAUGGAAUCCCACAUUUUCUGAAAUGUGACAAAAAUAUAUGCAAGCCCAUCUCGGGAAUGCAGACCUCCUUAUUUAAAAAGUAGCCAAUGAAACUGAGGAAAAUAUUAUCAAAAAUGCAUAUACUCAUACUAAGCACCUGUUAAAAUCAGUAUAACGCCAAUAAUACAGUGCAUGGGCCUCUCUCAACAAGUAAAACUAAAUGUAAAUAUAAUUCAUGCUUUCGAUUUUUGCAGUCAAAUUUAGGCCAUUGUGAUGUUCAAAGUAUCUAAAUUACUUGAUUUAUUUAAUAAUGUCAGGAAACAUUGCAAAGAGAACAAGUCAGAAUUAUGAACAUAGGUUGCUAGUGCCUUUGUGCCUCUCAACGACUGGCUAGGUGAAAGUGCCUCAGCGUACGACUGACCGCCAUCAUGACACAAGCGCAGCACAGUGCAGUUUCAGCUGGAGCGCUAAACGGGAGGGAACCAGUUCAGUCACAACAAUGACCUUCUGCCUCCUUUUCAAAGCUUUCACACAAGUGCAAGUGUUACCUCUAAGAAGGGAGACUUUUGCGCUGAGUUGUAAAUGUGUUAAACAAGGCGGAGUAACUAUUUGGGGUGUCCAUGGUGGGCAGGUGAGAUAGUCCAGGUGUUACAGUAUCCUUACACUUGUCUGUUUAAAAGGAGAGUACUGUAUGUGCUCCAUAGAGAUGAGCCCUGAGCAUCGGGUGGGUGCACUCCGAGUUGAGAAGGUGUUCAACAUGACACAUGGUUGUCACGCACAACUUGACCUCUUCAUGUCGUAAUGCACCUGAACUUUGUCUGUGGGGGGGAAAAAAUCAGCGUCGGUCUCAUUGAUUAAGUUAAUGGUGGGUGGGUAAGGGUGGGAUCCCAUUGGGUUGGAAUCUGCCUUGUGGAUGAGUACUUUUGCGUUGCGUUGCGUUGCGUUGCGGGCCAUAAGGAGUCUACCUCAGCGAGGUCCCUGCACAGCUUCCUGUACUGCAGCGCUUGAACAUGCUCUCCAUCUCCCUCUCUACAUCCAUGUGCAAAAUGGCCAGCCAUGUACUGUAUUCCCCCUCACCUGCCCCGAGGAAAGGUCAAGGAGCUCUGAGAGUGAUUCCAUGCCUACUGUACCCCUUCCCCUUAAUGCCCCUUGCCCUUACUGACCCUUCCCCUUAAUGACCCCUCCCCUUAAUGACCCCUGCCCUUUCAGCUGCGCACAAUCAAAAGCAUUGCUUUGCUUUAGUGGUACUGUUGUUCUUCUUAACUCUGAUCAGUGCUAUUAUUCUCAUUUGAUUUGACAUCAGCUGGUUUCUACUACUUAGACAGAAAAGCAAGGACAUGUACAGCUGGUCAGACCUUACUGGACAUGUAUGGCCGCUCAGACACUGAGAUACACAUUUAUUUUCUGCGUUUGAUUUUUAUAGUGCCUGCAAGGAGUAUUGAUGUCUUGCCCCUGAAAGAAUGAAAUGUGUUGACAGCCAUGCUGAAAGUGGGGUAUCUUCUGAUGCAGAAAGGGCUUAAGAAGGCAGACUGUUUUUUAUGCACUUUUUAAAUAUCUAAAACAUGACAGACAAGAUUCUUACCAUUGCUUUUCUGCAACACAGCAGUUUUCUUUUUCUGUGAAAUGUCUGAAUGGGCUGUAAGAUGUCUCUAAGAGUCCUGAGAGUAGCUUCUUACUGACUGUAGUGUUUGCAAUGGUUAAGACAAAACAUACAUUACAAACUGCUACUGGUACUUUUAAAAUAGGUAGAUGUUGUGUGUUGGUGGGAUUGCAGGUUGAAGACAAAUACUUUGUCUACUAUCAGCCAUCAUGACAUCAUCCCUUUGACUUGUUGGCUUUUUUGUUCUGUGCAAUAGCAUUGUAACACAAGUUAUGUCACCACGGUCCAUGAAUGGGCGAUAUAAAUACCCCUUGGUUGUCAGAGUACAUCAACAGGGAAGGCUAGCCAAGAAGCAGGGGUAUGGUGCUGUACAAUAAGACCAUCCAGACGAUGCAUUCUGACAAACAGCAAUAGAGAUGACAUAUCAUUUAGCUGCACUCCCCUAUGACAACAUGAGAAAAACGAGUAAAAAAAAUACAACAGACGUACUGAGCUGGUGGGAAACAUGAGGAUGUGCC